CUGAAGCUCCGCGAAGCUCUUGUUGUCCUGUCCCCGGGGAGGGGCCGGGUGACCUCACGCUGGGCGGGACUCCGUGGCCUCUAAACCGGGUCCCUCUGCCUCUGCGGCCGCGCCGCCUCUCAGCCCGCGCGGUAGGCGGAGCGGUUCUCGCGGUUCUCCCCGGGACUCGAGGCAGGGCAUUUACGCAGCCGAUAAAGCAAACUCCAGCCUGAGAUUGAGGGUCCACCGCAGGAAAGAAGAUGCUGGCGCCCAUUCCAGAGCCCAAUCCUGGAGACCUGAUUGAGAUUUUCCGCCCCCUCUACAGACACUGGGCCAUCUACGUUGGUGAUGGAUAUGUGGUCCACCUGGCCCCACCAAGUGAAAUCGCAGGAGCUGGUGCGGCCAGCAUCAUGUCCGCCCUCGCCGACAAGGCCAUAGUGAAGAAGGAGCUGCUCUGUUCUGUGGCCGGGAAGGACAAGUACCAAGUCAAUAACAAACACGACAAGAAGUAUGUGCCGCUGCCGCCCAGCAAAAUCGUCCGGCGGGCGGAGGAGCUGGUGGGGCAGGAGAUGCUCUACAAGCUGACGAGCGACAACUGUGAGCACUUCGUGAACGAGCUGCGCUAUGGAGUCCCCCGCAGCGACCAGGUCAGAGAUGCCAUCGUGGCAGUUGGCAUCGCAGGUGUGGGCUUGGCAGCUGCCGGCCUCAUUGGAGCCAUGAUCUCAAGAAACAAGCGACAAAAGCAAUGAGUUGAAGGGACUGCCCUGAUAGCAUUUACUUUAUACAUUAAGGGGGUCUUGUUUUGCUAGAGGUUUUGAGGUUUGGUUUAUGGAUUUCAUUCUGUUUUUAUAAUAAGGCUUAUUUUCAUAGAACUAAAUAAAGCCCAAUAAAAAGAUUUUAUUGGGGGAAAUGCA